AUGCCGUCGUCCGUGCCGGUUCACGCGCCGCCGCCGCAGAUGCCAGGGCUGCUUGUGCCCAACGAAGAUGCGAGAGGGCUCAAGGAAGAUGUCGCAGCGCUUCUCGAGCGCGACAUUACGCGCUUCCCUGGUGCUCAGCCAGUGUCCUUUGGUCGCGAACACCUGGCUGAGCUUCAACAACGCGAAUACUUCAUGUGCGAAAAGACCGACGGACUCAGAGUGCUACUGCUCCUGCACUGGUACGACAACGGAUCAGGUGUACAGCCACUUACUUUCCUCAUCGACCGCAAGAACAAUUAUUACAACGUCGAGCCUGCGAUACGAGUUCCCUACUGGCAGGACCCAAACGACCGGGAGAAGUUUCUUUUUGGUACGAUACUUGACGGAGAGUUGGUACACGAUCAGUAUCCGGGAGAACCGUCGCCUCGCCUGAUAUACUAUGUCUUUGAUGCGUUAGCAGUAGACAAUCAGAAUGUCACAGCCAAAGGAAUGGACAAGCGCCUAGGCCGAAUGCGCGAACACGUCUUGAAGCCCUAUACCAAAUGGCUAGACCAGAAUCCCUCUCUUAACGUCCCACACAUGCAGCCAUUCCGCAUAAAGGAGAAGGUGAUGCACCAGUCGUACCAUCUCCAACAUAUCUUCAACAACAUCCUCCCCACACUUAAGCACGGCAACGAUGGCCUCAUUUUCACCUGCAAAGACACACGUUAUCAAUUCGGCACAGAUCAGCACAUCCUCAAAUGGAAGCCUCCGCACGAGAACACUAUAGACUUCAAGCUACGUUUGGGCGAGUUCCCCCUCAUCGACCCUGAAGACGGCGAAGAAGGUUUUGUCCCAGACUACGAUGCCCUACCCGCCCCCGUCCAACUCCUCGUUCAGCACAACAACAACGAUUACCGACCCUUCGCAGUAUUAGCGCUCACCCCCGCCGAAUGGAACGUUUUGAAGUCUCUCAACCAGCGCCUCGAUGGCCGCAUCAUAGAAUGCUACCGCUCGGCUGCCGGCCAAUGGAAAUACAAAGCCGAAGCAGACGGCACGCCCCGCUGGCGCGACGACAAGAAGGAUGCCAAUCAUAUCAGCACUGUGAACAGCGUGCUUGCCAGCAUUGAAAAUCCAGUGACAGAGAUGGACUUGCUGGGCCACGAACAGAAGAUCAAGGAAGCCGUGUAUCGCAUCCAGGGCAGGCCAUUGCCAUCGCAGAGCGGCGAGGAUGAGAGAGAGGCAAAGAAGAGGAAAUUCAGCGAAGCAAACGGCCACCACUAG